GACACGCUCAUUAUCACACUGGACAAUGCUACGGGUCGGCCGUCUGAGAGGAGGAAACAGGGGGGCCGACGUUGGCCGUCUGUUCGGAGCCAUGCUCAGCCAGGCAGUGAAUGAAUGGCUGCAGAGGGCAUUCCAGAGCACUUCCAGUGCAGUAGCUCCACAGCCACACUGUGCAACUGAUGGUACUGAGCCUGCGCAGCAGGAAUGUCCAGUCUGCAGCUACAAUGACUGGGAUCCUCUUGAGGAGGUGCUCGUGGGUCGCGUUGAAAACGCCCAUGUGCCUCCCUUCACUGUUGAAGUGAAAGCUACCACAUAUGAAAAGAACUGGCCCUUCUUCCAGAAGUAUGGAGGCAAGCCUUUUCCUGCGGACCACUUGAAAAAAGCUGUUUCUGAGAUUGAGGAAAUGUGCAAUAUUCUGCGUCACGAGGGCAUCACUGUAAGACGGCCAGAGCCCAUUGACUGGUCCAUGGAAUACACAACUCCAGACUUCAAAUCAUCAGGAAUGUAUGGUGCCAUGCCCAGAGACAUCCUUUUGGUUGUGGGAAAUGAGAUUAUCGAGGCUCCUAUGGCCUGGAGGGCUCGCUUCUUUGAGUACCGAGCUUACAGACCUUUGAUCAAGGAGUACUUCAGAAAUGGAGCUAAAUGGACCACUGCUCCUAAACCCACUAUGGCUGAUGAGCUGUAUGAUCAGGACUACCCCAUCCGCUCAGUGGAGGAGAAACAGAAGCUAGCUGCGGAGGGGAAGUUUGUGACUACAGAACACGAGCCCUGCUUUGAUGCUGCCGACUUCAUGCGAGCUGGGAGGGAUAUUUUUGUCCAGAGGAGUCAGGUUACAAAUUACAUGGGUAUUGAGUGGAUGCGCCGCCAUCUGGCUCCAGACUACAAGAUCCACAUCCUUUCAUUUGAUGACCCUAACCCCAUGCAUAUUGAUGUCAGUUUUAACAUCAUCGGACCAGGACUGGUGCUGUCAAACCCUGAUCGCCCGUGUCACCAGAUUGACAUGUUCAAGAAGGCUGGCUGGACUAUUGUGAAACCUCCACCACCUCUGAUGCCUGAUGACGACUCAAUGUGGAUGGCUACCAACUGGUUGUCCAUGAACAUCCUGAUGCUGGAUGAGAAGCGAGUUAUGGUUGAAGCCAAUGAAAGCCCCAUUCACAAAAUGUUUGAAAGCCUUGGUAUCAAGACCAUAAAGGUGAAUAUUCGCCAUGCCAACUCCCUUGGUGGUGGCUUCCACUGCUGGACAACUGAUAUCCGCCGCCGUGGUACCCUACAAUCCUACUUCCACUAGACUUCCCAGAAACAGGCAGUGUUUAUUGAGCUUUGAA